AUGAGCGCUCAGGCAGGACAAUCUUUCGCUCAUUCCACUGCACCCAUUCGCCCUGUGCGCGAGGUGCAGUUCGGUAUUUUGAGCCCAGAAGAGAUUAGAGCCAUCUCGGUGUGCAAGGUCGAGGUCCCCGAGAUUAAGGAUGAGGCUGGCAAGCCCAGGAUCGGCGGUCUUUCCGACCCACGCCUCGGCACGCUCGACAGAAAUUACAAGUGCCAGACCUGCGGUGAAGGCCACCAGGAAUGUCCGGGCCACUUUGGUCACAUUGAUCUCGCGAAGCCCGUCUUCCACAUCGGCUACCUCGGCAAGGUCAAGAAGAUCCUCGAGUGCGUCUGUUUUCAUUGCGGAAAGCUCAAAGCGGACGUCGUCACGGACCCAAUCUUCGAUCAGAUCGUCAAAGCGACCCGCGGUAGCAGGAAGCGACGUUUCCAGCGCGUUUGGGAGUACUGCUCAAAGAAGAUGAUUUGCGAGGCCGACGAACCCAAGGAGGACGACGACAUGGGUUUCGAGGAGAACAACAGACCCGGUCACGGCGGAUGUGGUCGCAUCCAACCCAACAUCCGUCGCGAGGGUCUCAAGCUCUUCACCCAGUGGAAGAAGGGCAAGGGUGAGGACGAAGACGGCGAGGAGAAUGCGAUUGCCCAAGCCGAGAAGCGACCUUUGCCCGCUUCGGAGGCACAUACCAUUCUGAAAAAGAUGUCGAGCGAAGACAUCGCCACUCUCGGUCUCUCGGAAGACAACGCACGUCCCGAUUGGAUGGUCUUGACCGUCCUGCCCGUUCCACCACCCCCCGUCCGUCCCUCCGUCCAAGAUGGAGGAGAGGACGACUUGACCUACAAGCUCGCCGACGUCAUUCGCGCCAACGCCACGCUCAAGAAGAUGGAGCAGGAAGGUACGCCGGCGCACAUCUUGGCCGACUUCGAGCAGCUGCUCCAAUUUCACUGCGCGACGUUCAUGGACAACGACAUCGCAGGACAACCUCAAGCUAUGCAGUCGAGCGGUAGGCCGAUUAAGUCGAUCCGCGCGCGUCUGAAGGGCAAGGAAGGCCGUCUGCGUGGAAACCUGAUGGGCAAGCGUGUCAACUUCUCGGCGCGAACGGUCAUCACAGGUGAUCCGCUUCUCGAGCUCGACGAGGUUGGUGUGCCCAAGUCGAUCGCGCGUAACCUCACCUAUCCAGAGCGAGUCACUCCAUACAACAGGGCAUGGCUAUCGGAGCUGGUGCGCAACGGCCCGAACGACUACCCUGGUGCCAAGUACGUCAUCCGCGACACGGGUGAGCGUAUCGACCUGAAGUACAACAGGCGAAGCGACAUGGCGCUUCAGCCCGGAUGGAUCGUGGAGCGUCACCUCAAGGAUGGCGAUUACAUUCUCUUCAACCGUCAGCCCUCUCUGCACAAGAUGUCCAUGAUGUCGCAUCGCAUCAAGCUGAUGGACUACUCCACCUUCCGACUCAACCUCAGUGUCACGCCUCCCUACAACGCCGAUUUCGACGGUGACGAGAUGAACUUGCAUGUUCCGCAGAGCGAAGAGACCCGUGCCGAACUCUCGCAGAUUGCAUGGGUGCCUCGGCAGAUCGUUUCGCCACAGGCCAACAAGCCUGUCAUGGGCAUCGUGCAAGACACUCUUUGCGGUAUCCGCAAGUUCUCGCUGCGAGACUGUCUGCUCGAUUACCACCAGGUGCAGCAGGUACUGCUGUGGGUGGCCGACUGGGAUGGUGUCGUGCCCAUGCCCUGUAUCCUCAAACCGAAGCCGUACUGGUCUGGUAAGCAGAUCCUGUCGAUGUGCAUCCCAAAGGGUAUCAACGUGUUCUUGGAUAAGGAUAAGGGCUUGAAGAACAACUUCCUCAAGGACGACGGUGUCUACAUCGAGAACGGCGAGAUAAUGUACGGCGUUAUCAACAAGAAGGUCGUCGGUGCCUCAGCCGGCGGUCUCAUCCAUAUCAUCUUCCGAGAGAAGGGUCCCGUCGUCUGCAAGCGCUUCUUUUCCGGAGUUCAGCGUGUCGUCAACUUUUGGCUGCUACACAACGGGUUCUCUAUCGGUAUCGGCGACACGGUGGCGGACAAAGCCACCACGGACAGCAUCAACCAGACCAUUGCCGCAGCCAAGGCGGCCGUCAUGGACUAUAUCAAGUACGCCAGGCACGAUUGGCUCAAGGUCGAGGCUGGUAUGACGCUGCGAGAAUCCUUCGAGGCCAACGUCAACCGUGUGCUCAACCAGGCGCGUGACGACGUCGGCAAUCACGCCGAGGCCAGUCUGCCCGACUUCAACGCCGUCAAGCAGAUGGUGGUGUCCGGAUCUAAAGGUUCAUUCAUCAACAUUUCGCAGAUGUCGGCCUGUGUCGGUCAACAGUCCGUCGAAGGAAAGCGAAUUCCGUUCGGCUUCCGCCACCGCAGUCUCCCGCACUUCACCAAGGAUGACUUCACGCCCGAGAGCCGUGGCUUCGUCGAGAACUCCUAUCUGCGUGGUCUCACCGCGCAAGAGUUCUUCUUCCACGCCAUGGCAGGUCGAGAAGGUCUCAUCGACACCGCUGUCAAGACGGCCGAGACAGGUUACAUCCAGCGUCGUUUGGUCAAGGCGCUCGAGGACGUCAUGGUCUGCUAUGAUGGCACGGUGCGAAACUCGACCAACAACGUCAUCCAGUUCGCUUACGGCGAAGAUGGCAUUGACGGUGCACAGGUCGAAACGCAGACGCUGCUGACCUUGAAGCUCAACGAUGCCGACUUCCGCCACAUGUUCCGUGUGGAUCUGCACGACGGCGGCUUCAAGAAGGGCACGCUUCGUCCUGGUCUGGGCGACUGGUCGCAGGAGCUGCAAGACCUUCUCGACGAAGAGUUUGCUCAGCUCGAGUUCGACCGCCAACUCCUUCGCACCGAGAUCUUCCAAUCGGAUCAGGUGCAGGUGAAGCUGCCGAUGAACGUGGCGCGUUUGGUGCUCAACGCGCAGCAGAUCUUCCACGUCGAUCAGCGAAAGGCCACCGAUCUCUCUCCCGCCGAGGUCAUCAUUGGCCUGCGCAACGUACUGGACCGCCUGGUCGUCAUUCGCGGCGACGAUCCCAUCUCGCGCGAGGCGCAGAUGAACGCCACCCUACUCUUCAAGAUCCACUUGCGCUCGUAUCUCUGCUCGAAGAUGGUCAUCGAGCAGCACCACAUCAACAAGGAGGCUUGGGAGUGGAUUCUUGGCGAGAUCGAGGGCCAGUUUGCUCGCUCGGUUGCCAACCCGGGUGAGAUGUGCGGCACGCUUGCAGCGCAGAGUAUCGGAGAGCCGGCUACCCAGAUGACGCUCAACACCUUCCAUUAUGCCGGUGUGUCGAGUAAGAACGUCACGCUCGGUGUGCCGCGUCUCAAGGAAAUCAUCAACUGCGCCGAGAACAUCAAGACGCCGUCGGUGACGGUCUACCUCACUGGACAGUACAGCCAAUCGCAGGAGUCGGCUAAAGUCAUCCAGACUGCGCUCGCACACACGACGCUGCAGACGGUCACUUCGGCCGUCGAAGUCCAUUACGAUCCCGAUCCGUCGGCAACGGUCAUCGAAGACGACAAGGACUUCGUCGAGGCCUUCUUCGCCAUUCCCGACGAAGAGGUCGAGGCGAGCCUGGAGCGCCAGUCGCCGUGGCUGUUGCGAUUGGAGCUCGAUCGUGCUCAAAUGCUCGAUAAGAACUUGACCAUGGCUGACGUGGCUUCCAAGAUCAGCGCCAUGUUCGGGCAGGACAUCUUCGUGAUGCACUCGGAAGACAACGCCGAGAACCUUAUCUUGCGUAUCCGUGUGGUCGACAAUGACCCCGAGAAGGAGGCACAGGGCGAAGAGGAGAUCUUCCUCAAGAACCUCGCCUCGCAGAUGCUCGCCGAGAUCGAUCUCAAGGGAAUCAAGGGCAUCAAGAAGGUUUACAUUGUGCAGCAGGACAACAAGACUCGAAGGAUUGACCCUGUUACAGGCGAUUGGCGCACCGUUUCAGAAUGGGUGCUCGAGACCGACGGAAGCAACCUUGCCGAGGUGCUCGCCGUCGAAGGUGUCGACGCCAUCCGAACGAGCUGCAAUAACCCAGUCGAAAUCUUCCGCGUCUUCGGUAUCGAGGCCGCGCGUAACUCGUUGCUAAGAGAAACCCGCGCGGUCAUCGAGUUUGACGGUUCGUAUGUCAACUACCGCCACCUCGCGCUGCUGUGCGACAUUAUGACGAGUCAAGGUGCGUUGAUGGCCAUCACACGUCACGGCAUCAACCGUACGAACCAGGGUGCCCUCAUGCGAUGUACCUUCGAGGAGACCGUCGAGCUGCUGAUCGAGGCAGCGUCCAUGGGUGAUGUCGAUGACUGCAAGGGUGUCGCUCAGAACGUCCUGCUCGGCCAGAUGGCACCUAUGGGCACGGGCGCCUUUGAUCUCAACUUGGAUCUCGACAUGCUGAAGGAUACGAUCGUCAACCACGCGCUGCCCUACGACACGAUGCUUGCGUCACGUUCGCUCGACGCCGCGGGUGGCAAGACGCCAGGAGCCAUGACGCCUUACGACUCGAGCUCGCCAGCGUCAGACGAUGCUUUCCGCGUCCACGAGCAGGCCAUGUUCAGUCCCCUCGCGCAGACCGGUGGCGACGAGGGAGGCUAUAACGACUAUCUGCUUUCCGGAACGAGUCCUAUGCGCACGCCUUUGGGAGCACAAAGUCCCGCCGGCUACGGUUUCUCGCCCGUCUCGCCAGGGUACGUGCCCACCUCGCCCGGCUACGCCACCUCGCCGGCAGGUGCUCUUGGCGGCAUGAGUCCCUGGACCGGCAACAACGGCAUGGGCGCUACCUCGCCAGCUUACAGCCCGACAUCUCCGCGCAUCUUUGGCGGCGCCACCAGCCCGUCGUAUUCGCCGACAUCGCCGAGCUACAGCCCAGCCUCGCCGAACUACUCGCCUUCGAGUCCGGCAGGAGCAGGCUAUUCGCCUACGAGCCCGCGCAUGAGUCCGACGAGUCCUAUGGGUCGCUAUGGUGCCGCGACAAGCCCUCAAUACUCGCCUGCGUCGCCUAAGUUCUCGCCCACCAGCCCGAACUACAGUCCGGCCAGUCCCGCCUACACGCCGACCUCGCCUGUAUACUCGCCCACGUCGCCUGCCAUGGCUGGACGAGGUGGGGUCAAGGGCUUCAGCCCGACGUCACCCGCCUACUCGCCCACCUCACCGCAGUAUUCUCCGGCUUCGCCAGCCUUCUCGCCGACGUCUCCACAGUACUCGCCCGCUUCGCCUCAAUAUUCGCCGACAUCGCCGCAGUAUUCGCCUACCAGUCCAGCGAUGGGCGGCGCAUCGGGGCCUGGAGGGCCGGGCGCGGGCGGUGCUGCCUCACCUCGUCGCAGUCGCAUGUCGAACAAGCCGGCGUGGCAGCGUUGA